UGGUUCGCUCUGUGUGCGUGACGCUGUUAAAGCAGACCAGUGUCCUGUAACAGUUUGAAGUCUAAAAUUAGGGAGGCACCCCGACAGCAAAUGACGGAAGGAGUCCAAAGUGGCCCGUCUGCUCGUCUCCUCUGGUCAAUGGUGACAGCUCAGGACCAUGGAAACGUUCCCUACAACUUCUCUGUUGUCUCUGACAUGGAGCGUAUUUUUAGCCCUUGUUGUCAUCUCUCCGUAACAGCCCGGCCGCGGCGCUCGGUAUAAAGGACUCCCUUCAAAAUGCAGCUGUACAACAGUGCGCUGACACACUACCCGAGGUCGUCCCGCAAAGUUACAGUAACUUUACUGACCGGAUCGGAGCGUGUGAACGGGACGACAGCGAGCUCCUCCGAGGCGGGAUCCACACACCCAACCACAAGUCCUCCAGCGACCAACGGGGAUCAGGAGCGAGAGGCUGCUGCUGCUGCUGCUUCGACCUCAACUUCGACUUCGACUUCUACUUCUUCCGCAAACAUGCCUGCCAACCACGAGUUUUCAUGCUACGGGGCUUCAUCCAUGAGGCCGAUUUACUUCACAUCGACCGCUGAGAUAUUGAUCCGCAGACCUGACGGGGUGGAGAGGUCCGUCCCUGUCCACAUCGUGAGGGAGAACAAGACCAAACCUCCGUCCCCUGACUCCCACCAGGGUGAGCGUUUCCUCUGUACUGACUCUGAUGUGAUUGACCUGAUAGAUAAUCUCAGAAACGGGACGGAUGAGCUUUUCCCCGACUGUCCGGAGCUGGUUGGAAAUCACCUUUUCAGCAGCAGCAGCAGCAACAACAUCUGCAGACCUGGAAUAGAUGAAAACAAGAGGAUGGUUAGAAGUUCGAGUGAGGACGAUGAGGUUUCAGUGACUAAUCCCCCCUUCAGAUGCAAUGGAUGGGCCUCUGCACAUGAAGCGGAGCAGGUUCCCUCCAGGGCAGCUGAGCCAGAAGUCCUCAUGAAGGAAGGUUUAAGCGAUCCGAGUCGAAGCCAGGCGUCAGACGAGAGACGGGCCUUCGAGCUCAGCGUCCUGCAGGAGUCCGCCCCGCAGAGAUGCCACCAGAGAGAGGACGUCAACGAUAAGGUCACCCGCUACCUGGCUGAAGUGGAGAAGCAGAACAAGUACCUCCAGGAGAGGAACAAGUACCGGUACCACAUCAUUCCAGACGGGAACUGUCUGUACAGGGCUGUGUGCAAGGCCACGUACGGGGACCAGGCCAGGCACGGGGAGCUGAGGGAGCAGACGGUGCACCACAUCGCAGACCACCUGGACGAGUUCAACCCCAUCAUCGAAGGGGACGUGGGGGAGUUCCUCAUCAACGCGGCGCAGGACGGCGCCUGGGCAGGAUACCCCGAGCUCCUCGCCAUGAGCCAGAUGCUGAACGUCAUCAUCCACCUGACGACAGGAGGCAGCCUGGAGAGCCCCACCGUCUCCACCAUGGUGCACUACCUCGGCGAGGAGGACUCCUCCAAACCGGCCAUCUGGCUGAGUUGGCUCAGCAACGGUCACUACGACGUCCUCCUGGACAAUCGCCUCCCCAACCCGGAGUACGAGGACUGGUGCAGACACUCCCAGAUGCAGAGGAAAAGGGACGAGGAGCUGGCGAAGUCCAUGGCUGCCUCCUUGUCCAAGAUGUACAUUGAGCAAAAUGGAUGCGCGUGAAACGAGAAACCGUCGCACUGAUACAGUAGAACACAGACGCACUGACUCUGCUUGGUUUUCUACAUGCUUGAAAUUAUUUUUAUAAGAUUUCUAUUGUGAGAGAAAGGAAGUGCAGUGCACGUAUUUUGGUUUUUGUAUUACGCCAGCGAUGCCAAAUUAGUGGCAGUGGUCUCUGAAGAGUGUUUGAAAGUGUGUGAGCCUGUUCCUCGGCGUAGUUUGGGUUAUGUUGACAUGAUUUAAACUCUUUUCACUUCCUGUACAUGGCAGUGCUUUUCGAUAUAUACAGUAUUUAUUUGCCUUUUAUUGUCAGACCAGUUUUUUUUUUUUCUAUAUUUCCUGUGCUUUGUUAGGCCGUCGCCAGUUACAGAGAAACUCUGUGUUGCCAUUUUUUUCAUGGUUUGAUAUCUGUAUAGCUGCUCUCUUUUGCACAGAAGUCCUAUCAAGACAAGUCCAGAGAGUUUUUUGAUUUGUGCCUGUGAGAACUAUUCAAGGGUUCUUUUUCCAUUAUUCCAGUACCUUUCUUGGCUUUUUGAGAAAAAACAUUUCAAAAUAAAGUUCAGAAGAAACCUGAUUCGCAAUGAUCUGAUGUUGAAUUUGCACGAUUGGCUGCUCGAUGACCCGUCUAUCGUGUCCUCCCCCGUCAGAGUUACACGUUCCUUCCUUCCUUUCUUUUUUCCAUGAGAUUGCAGCUCGGCAGGCUGUAGAAAUGAUGUGUGCAGUGCUCAUCCUCCAUCCCCUGCUGUCCUUAAGUGAAAAGCGAUGUCAGGAGUGUAUUACAUUCAAUGACUGGAGCCUGCAACCUCUAUUUCAGGUCACGCCGCAGAAAUUAAGUGAUUGUGGUCUCAGUACACAGAUCACGAGGAAACUUUGAGUCGUUUAUUCUCUCUGUUUUUGCUCUUUCCUGGGAGGAAUAUCUGACUCUGUAGCUGCUAAUCAGUCUCUAUCUGUGGCGGUCUGGAGCUCGAUGCCGAGCAGGUAGCGUUCAGUUCAUCUAAACAGUUAAAUUAUGAGCUCGACAGCUCAACAAUGAGCUACAAAGCGCCGUAGGGGGAGCAGCAGAUUCCUUGUAGCUUCAACACUCUGAGCAACACAUUUCAUGUUGUAACACUUUGUACAUCCUCAUCCACAUACCGAUAGAACGUCAGAGGGUGAUUUGUAGUCCACAAAACAACAUUCUGUCUUAACGGAAGUAAAUGGGGACAUAUAAUGGCUCCAUAGAGUCUGUCUGGUGUACUCCAAGUCUACGGAAGCCCUGGCAGGCCAAUUUGAUUCAGACCAAAAAGAAAUAUAUAUAUAUAUGAGCUCUUUUAAAUAAAUAAAUAAAUAUAAUUAAAUAAAAGCUAAAAUCGUCACAGUAGCUGUUAAGGUAAAAUAAUUAGUCACACCCGGUCUAAUGUGGAUGCACGGCGCACUGUAAUCCUGUUCUUUCCAUUUCAAUGUGGGAUCCGGAGUUUUUUACUCCCCCUCUACUUCAGUUGUUUUAAGAGAAUGCUGCGAUGUGGUCUUGCUUGUGAAGCUCCAGAAAUGUUGUUUUUUUUUUUUUUACUACAAAAGGUGAAGGUGCGUAGAAAAGGACUCAAUUUGAAUUCUUUUGGGGUGAACUUACUCUCAAAGUUAGAAAACUUUAUAAGAAAUGUUUUACUUUCACGUCUGUCUCUGGUUUCUUAACCUUUCAGAAAAUAUUUUGUAAUGUAAAAAGUUCCUAAAAGCAUUUAAAAAGUUGUCGUGUAUGACAUCUGUCAUGGGCUCAGACAGUAUAUAUUCAUACAUGUCAAUAUAUGUACAUUCCCAAAAGAUGCUGUCUACCAGUAAAGUCACAGUUUUAAGGUAUUGUA